AUGGCCGGGGGAAACCACUCGAAUGUCACCGAGUUUGUCCUCUUGGGCUUCACCGACCGGCAGGAGCUUCUCUUUGUGAUUUUUUUACUCAUCUACAUCACCACGCUGGUGGGGAACCUGGGGAUGAUCGUCCUCAUCAAGACCAACUCUCAGCUUCACGUGCCCAUGUACUUCUUCCUCAGCCACCUCUCCUUCCUGGACAUCUGCUACUCUUCAUCCAUCACGCCAAAGCUCCUCUCCAGCCUCCUUGCAGAGAGAAAUGUAAUUUCUUUCCACGGUUGCAUCACACAGUUUUUCUUCUUCGCAGUGUUCGGCACCACGGAAGCCGUCCUUCUGGCCGUCAUGGCCUACGACCGCUACGUGGCCAUCCGGGAGCCUCUGCGCUACUUGGCCACCUUGUCCCAGGGGGUCUGUGUCCAGCUGGUGGUGGGCUCCUAUGCUGCCGGGAGCCUCAACGCCCUCGUGCACACCAGCGCUCUCCUCCGCCUCUCCUUCUGUGGCCCCAACCUCAUCGAUCAUUUCUACUGCGAGAUCCCACCGCUCCUGCUCCUCUCCUGCUCCAACACCCGGCUCAACAGGACGGUGAUGGUCACGUGCAUUGGCUUCAUCAUCACCGCCUCGGUCUUGGCCAUCGUUGUCUCCUACGCCUGCAUCCUGUUGACCAUCUGGAGCAUCUGCUCUGCGGAGAGCCGCCACAAAGCCUUCUCCACCUGCACCUCCCACCUCACGGCUGUCGCCCUCUUCUACGGCUCGGCGGCUUUCUUGUAUUUCCAUCCCUUUUCCAGGCACGCAGGAGGUCAAGGCAAAACAGCCUCCGUCUUCUACACCGUGGUGACCCCCUUGCUCAACCCGUUCGUCUACAGCCUGAGGAACAAGGAGGUGAGGAAAAAGAGCUACGAACAAGCUCCUCUCCUGUGUGAACUUCCACAGGCCCGGCUCUGA